AUGCUUCAUGGCGCACUUGCAAGCUCGAGGUGGUGGGGGAAGGAAGUCGAAAGGCUAAUGAAGAAACACUACGUCAUCGUAAUGGACACUCGGGGGCAGGGACGAAGUACGAUGGACAACAAGACGUUCACGUACGAUCUGUUUGCCGAAGACACGGCCGCACUGCUCAAAACUCUUGGAAUCUCUAAAGCUGCAUGGAUUGGUUGGUCUGACGGUGGAAAUACAAUUUUGUCAGCACUACUGAACCCUAAAAUUGCACCAAUGGUUGCUCGAGGCUUUACAACUGGGGCCAACCACAGCCCGAGUGCUCUCAACCAGACAUAUGCUGACGCAAAGAUUCUUGAGCCAGUGCUUGAUCGAGUGGUCAGCGAAUACGAGGCUUUGCAACCCGAUGGGAACCUUACGGCCAUUGAUGAAGCACUCACCAAACUCGGAGAAAACCUGCCCAUGUGGACCAAGGCUGACCUCCAGAAAAUCAAGCUUGGGCCAAAGCUUACGUUAAGCUGGGGCGAUCACGAAGAAGUCAUCAACUUGUCCGAGCCCGCAUUUAUGCAUGAUGCGAUCCCCAACAGCAAACUUGUACUUGCAAAAAAUGUGUCCCACUUUGGGUUAGUGCAGGACCCAGAACAAUUUUCGACAAUAUUGGAGAACUUCUUGGCUUGA